UCUUACGUCGACGCCGCCACUUCUGUCAUUCUCGCCCGUGGUCGGACGGCGUUCGUACAAGACCUCGGAAUCGAGAUCGGAUCGUCGUUAGGAACCGAUGGCGAUCCUGCAUGCGAGAGGGCUUUAGAUUCCAUUGUGACCGUUUUGAAGGGAGUCAGGGGCGCGAGAUCGUUAAGGCUCAGUAUGCACCACCAUCAUCGGAGAAUCGUACAAGCUUUGUCAGGGAUCGGGAAUUCGUUUACCGGGGGUUUGCCGAACAUCCCCACCACUGCACUGGAUCCCAGAUUUCAUCUCGAAGUGAAUGAUAUCCAUCUGUUAUGGCGGCCUGGGGCAACGAUGGGGAUAGUGAGUUCUAGUUCGGGUUGGGUCUCCGGUCACAUUGAGGCUGCGGGCUCAAGCGGAAAUCCCUCCGCUCCACCAUCAGCCCCCGCUUCAUCCGCCGGAUCCCCACCUUCAUCCCAUACCCCAAAUCUCAGUCAGAGUCCCACAUCACAGCAUCAGCAACAACGGCAUGCGAUGCAGUUCACUAUAUCUAUCUCGCCCCAGGUUCCAUUCAUUUCUCCAUCAUCCUACCAUGAUACAUCAUAUUUGAGUCCAUCAACACCGGAUGACGAUGACUUUCAUGCACUCCUCUUCGACACAUGCAAGUCAGUACCUACCUUAAGGAGAGCGACUUUCCAUAAUAUAUGUGGGCAAUGGAGGCACAAGACGAGGUCUUACACACGCCUUCAUGAUAAUGCUGAAUGGGUCGCAGCGUGAUCAUCGAUGAGUAAAGCCCGACCUGAUGAUAAUUAAGUGUACCACAUCUAUGCGUGCUGAUUGAAAAUAUCAAAAAUCUGUUGUAUACGUAUGAUCAAGCUUGUUUGUUGUUCGUGUAGUUAUUGUUGUGAUUGCUGCCGCUGGCGGAGCGUUGCUUCCUCUCCGCUAUUACCAUCUCCCCACAUACCAUGAUUCGCGCCUUCCAGCUGCCCCUCAUAUACCCAGACCAUCAACAGUUCAUGUUCAUCUUGUACGCUAAUACUCAAGUGCGAUUUCUAAUGUAUCGAUAAAUGUUUUCCCGAUUUCUUCCGGAAGUUGCACUUGAAAUAGAUGCGUAUUUGAUUUGAGGUAAGCUUCGUCAGCGGAUGGACAUUCAGGCGCUGGAGAGAGCUUGAGGUCAUA